AUGGCAGCAAAUGGAGACCUAGAGCAACCUGCUCUGACUACAUGCAAUUUAGCAAUCGACAAUCUCGGAGGGAACGCCAGUGGCAGUCUACUCGCCCUCCCCACGGAACUGCUGUUUGCAAUUCUCCGCCAACUCGACUUUACCUCACUCUGCUCCGUCGAGCAGACAUGCUGGCUGCUAAACUCCAUUGCCUCAAGCAUCUUCCUGGGGAGGAUUGGAAUGCGAAGGAAGGUGGUCGAUGGAAGGGUAUUCGAUAACAUCUCCGGGGGUAGGGAGCGGAAAGGGGGCGGGAAGUCGGAGACAAGGGGUUCUAGUUCAAAGUCAGCAGCUCAAAUCUUCACACCGAAGGAAACACUCCCCAUUCUCCGCACGGCUUUCUCAAUCACCAACCUGAAUUCCAUCAGGUUUAGGUUUUCGUACACCUCUCUCCCCUAUCACAUCGAAGAGGUGAAGGACUUGACCGCACUCGUUCGACGGCAAACCUGUGCACGCGUACUUGACAGCCUCGAGCUCGACUUCGGGGAGCUUGACCGUUGGUUCAUGGGACGCGCGCCGGAGCCCGACGAUCAGCGAUGGAAAGAGGAGUGGGUGUGGGCUUUCACUCACUUUCUCACUGUCAUCGGUAGUCUGGAAUCGGAGGAGCACCCAGGGUCGAGAUGUCGAAGCUUCAAAAUUGUUGGUGGGGAGGAGCUGGUACGGUACUUCGAAGAAUUCGAAAAGUUGCAGAAGGGAUGGGAGGAGGAAGCCGAGCUGGCGGGCGUGGUGAUUCAAAACGUGGCUCCGACUUCGAGGAAACUAUCCAUACGACGCCAGGAACUCAACCACCUUCCUAAAGCUGUCAAUCCGGCUCAUAUCUUCGAUGCAGCGCAUGAUGUUUCACCUACCUUUGACGAACCAACCUCUCAUCAGACCCGCGACAAGAGGCCUAAACCGCGUCGAAGUUCAAUUCACAAGUUGGGAAAAUGGGUUCGCUCGCACCUUCACGCCAAUUCGGGUCAGCAACCUCGAGGAACCAAUUCAACAGUCUCUCCCCGUGAAGAUCCCCCUCUGACCUCGCUUGCCGGGCUCGAAGAGCGACAUGUCUCCAGGCAGUUAAACCACCCUGAACCCCAUAGGCCGCACCCCAGCGGCGAAGUAUCUCCAGCUCUUGACCACUAUCCUCACUCCCAGGCCAGCAACAUGCAGCGCAUCGACCUUCACUCUGACUUGAUGUUCUUCCCCGCGAUCCUCCCCUAUACCAUCACCCUCCUCCAAUCCUCUGACCGGUUAGAUAGCCUGGAAGUCCAGGUGGCUAGACCGCCCAAGCACCCUGACUUUUGGCUCUCGUUCCUCUCCUCGUGCUCGUUUCCUAAUUUGAGGGCUUUCAGCGUCACGUCAUCGUUCAAGGUUCAGCCAGAUUCUUCGCCCAAAGGAACUUGUCGCGGUUUUAUGCAGUCCCGGGAACCUCAGCCGGAUCCCCACGCGAGCACGCCAGGGAUCCCCCCGCAAGCACUCACUCCUUUCCUUAUCCGCCAUCCCUCCAUUGAAACCUUGAGAGUGGAUGGCCCUCUCAACCCUCUGGCCUCGAAAUUUGCUUCCCCUGAACGUGGCCAAUCCGACCUUCCAAUUCUUCCCAACCUUCGCUCGAUCACUGCGCAUCCGCUCUACGUGUCAUGGGUUGUGAAUCCUCAACGCGUUCAAGCUCUCGGGAACGGCGGCACGAUGAGCGAUCCCUUGAAGGAGAUCACGAUCCUCACUCAAGACUACCAGAACCUUUCAGUGGGGCAUUGGAUGAUGGACGACGUAUUCCGGUGCUUGGGAGGGCACCUCAGGGAGAAGAGGAGGACGGAAGAGAGUCAUGGGACAGGCGCCAGGUCAAGCGAUGGAAUAUCAUUGGGGAUCAAGUUCACGACAUACAACGGGCUGGAUUCGUGGAUCAGGAGCCACGUAUCUGUCGGGAUGGAGAACGGCUUUGUUGGGAAGUUGAAUGACGGUGUUACCGAUGCCCAAAUUACGGUCAUGGCCCCAACGCCCUCUCGUUCCCAUCCAAGGACGUCCAAACCUCGGCCAGUGGUAUCGCCAUCAUCCACCUCGCUCAGCAAGGAAGGCCAGUACACUGCGCUGAGGUUGCCUCCGCCUCCAGCCCCCCGCUCGUCUAGGCGAAUUAGAAGUAAAGUUCCUCCAUCCAACCCAAACCCAUUCGUAGCAAGCGACGAAACGCACCACAUUACAUCCAACGCCCUCGAAACCAACCACCAACUCACCGCCGUCACCUCCCUCAAGAUUCAGUCGUUUUUUUGCCCCUCGCUGCCCUUUCAAGACGACAGAUUCAAUCUCCUGGUCGACUUCAUGGGUCUCUUUGGGGUCGGUUUGAAGAGCGUCGAGAUUGGUGGGUUGGACUUGGAUGGGCGAUCGAAGGGAGAGCGUAGUGGUCAUCCCAGCCGUUAUUACGCGACAGGGGAAGAGGCAGAGGGCCGGGUUGGUGAAGAGCUGAACUUGGAGAAAGUGGUUGUAGAGAGAGUCAGACGUGCUUGCCGGGGAGUGGAGAGGAUUGUUGUUAACGGGAAAGCGCUGGAGUUCUAA